AUGUCAACUCAUCGUUAUCGGCCCCCGCGCCUCCUCCUCGACUCCGUCGUCAUAGGCCCAUCCGCCUCCUCCGGCGUGGGCCCGUACGACCGGGAAAACUCGAGCUUCGACAGCAACAUGGUGAUCAUCUUGGCUGCCCUGCUGUGCGCGCUCGUUUGCGCACUCGCCCUCAACUCCAUCGUCCGUUGCGCCCUGCGCUGCAGGGGCAUAUUAGAGCCUAACCCGCCGCCUGAGGGCUCGGUUACGGGCUCGGUUGGGGGGCUGGGGAAGGAGGCGCUUAGCCGGAUUCCGGUGGCGGCUUACCGGGCGGCGGGCGGGAGGAAUGUGGCGGCCACUGAGUGCCCGAUAUGCCUGGCGGAGUUUGCGGAGGGGGAAGAUGUUAGAAUCCUGCCCGGGUGCAACCACGGUUUUCAUGUCGGGUGCGUGGACAGGUGGCUCGUCUCGCACUCGUCGUGCCCCACAUGCCGGGGCCCUCUGGCCACAGCUCAACGUCGAUAG